GAUUUAAACAUGUCGAUCGAGCUACUGCUUCUCCUCGCUACAUUAGCGAUCGUUUUCUACAUCUGGCAGAGGCGGACGUUCUCCUUUUGGAAGCGCCAUGGGGUGAAAUACCUCAGUCCACUGCCCGUUGUGGGAUGCACCCGUGAUUUUCUGACCGGACGGGCGGCGUUCUUCGAGCAGAUCCAAAGGUUUCACGAAUCACCUGGCUUCGAGAAUGAACCUUUCGUUGGCGUGUACAUGUCCUAUCGGCCGGCUCUGAUAAUUCGGGAUCUGGACCUGAUCAAGACGGUGAUGAUCAAGAAGUUCCAGUACUUCAACAAUCGUGUGCUGCAAACAGAUCCGCACAACGACCCUCUGGGCUUCAACAACCUCUUCUUUGCCCGCAGUCCGGCGUGGAGGGAGUUGCGCACCAAGAUCUCCCCGGUCUUUACCACGGGAAAGAUAAAGCAAAUGUAUCCUCUGAUGGUGAAGAUUGGAAAGAACCUGGAGGCCAGCGCCGAUCGCCUGGGAAGUGGUUCGAACAUCCCGAUCAAGGACCUGUGCGCCCGCUUCACCACUGACCUGAUUGCCACCAUUGCCUUUGGCCUGGAGGCAAACGCUCUGCAGAACGCCAAGAGCGAGUUCUUCUACCACAAUAGGGCUAUAUUCGCGGUGACCUUAAGUCGGGCCAUCGACUUUGCCAUCAUUUUCAUGCUGCCGUCUUUGGCAUCGAUAGCCCGCGUGAAACUCUUUUCGAAGGAAACCAGCAAAUUUAUCAAGAAAAGCAUUAACUAUGUGCUGACGGAACGCGAAAGAAGUGGCCAAAAGCGAAACGACCUUGUCGACAUCCUUUUGGCAUUGAAAAAGGAGGCUGCUGCCAAUCCGGAUAAGUCGCAACAGACAUUUGAUGUGGACUAUUUGGUGGCCCAGGCGGCCGUUUUCCAGACAGCUGGCUAUGAAACUAGUUCCUCCACAAUGACGCUGACGCUUUACGAGUUGGCCAAGAACGAGGAACUGCAGGACCGUCUGCGACAAGAGAUCGCCGACUUCUUUGGGGACGAGGACCAUGUUAGCUACGAGCGAAUUCAGGAGAUGCCCUACCUGUCGCAGGUCGUCAACGAGACAUUGCGCAUGUAUCCAAUCGUGGGCUACGCGGAGCGACAGUGCUCCCAGCCAGCGGAGGGAGAACGCUUCACCCUGGAUCCCUUCCACAACAUGGAGCUGCCGGAUGGCAUGUCCCUCUACGUGUCCGCUUUGGCCAUCCAGCGGGAUCCAAAGUACUGGCCGGAGCCAGAGAAAUUUGACCCGGAACGCUUCAGUCCGGCGAACCGCGAUAACAUCAACAUGGACGCCUACAUGCCAUUCGGCGUUGGUCCCCGGAACUGCAUCGGUAUGCGAUUGGGUCUGCUACAGUCCAAAUUGGGACUUGUGCACCUUCUGCGGAACCACCAAGUCCACACAUGCGACCAGACCGUUGAGAAGAUCGAGUUUGCUCCGACCAGCCCGGUUCUUGCUUCCAAGCAAGAAAUCAUCCUCCGACUGGAAAAAGUUUCCAGUUAGUGUUGUUGUGGAGAGAUCUUAUAGGUUGUAAAUAUUGUUAAAAUUAAAGAAACUGCAUUCCAAAGAAUGAACGUGUCGGAGCUGUGCUUCAUAGCUCUUUGGGAAUUUGACUUAAGACAAGUUUGCACAAUCAACAAAUUUUCGAGAUGAUUGCAGACAUUUUAAAUCACUUGCUCUGAAUUGGACAAAUUUAAAUUAAAUUGUUAAAUCGCUUAUGUUAAUUUGUCUUCGCAUUUCGCAAGUAGUACCAUAACAUCCUAAUGCAUACCAAAGACAAAAAAAUAGGAUUAAGCUUUAAAAAUAAAUGUAAUUCAAUAAACUUUAACAUUUAUUCUUAAUAAAUUUAUUACAGAUAAA